GACACUGAGGGAGGGAGAGAGGGAGGAACGAAAGGCUUGGUUAACCAGUAGACGGAGGCAGACAAACGCAACAGAGACACAGAGAGAGAGGUGUGUGUGUGUUUGUGUGUGCAUGUGUGGUAGAAAAGAGAGCGGAGGAAUAAAAGAGAAGAAUAAAAGAGAAAAUCUAGAAGGGAAAACAGAGAUACAUGCUGAAGUAUCAACAGUCUCUGCGGAAUGUAAGAUAAAAGAGCAAGAGAGAAAGAAAGAGAGAGGGAGUGACACAGAAACGGACUAGAAAAGGGAAAAAGAAGAGACGGACAUGGUGAACACUCACACUUUAUGAAGGGGCAAAGACAGCCAACGGGACCAAACAAAUGGCACGGUGAUAUCUAGCCAAAGUCGAAAAAGCCACUAAGGACUUUUCACCACAGACAAAGCCAAGAAGUUCAGAGACACAAGAGGAUCUCCCACUAAUGAGACCUUUAGAGACCAUUUAGUCUUUCUCUUUCACACAAACACACACCCACACAUAUUUAACAUUCUAUGACGUAUAAUCAUCUUUGGAUCAAGCAGCAUGCUGGCUAAGAGACAUCCCUCGCCCUCCAGCUCCCGCUCAGGGGGCUGAGCCAACUGGAGCGGGUGAUGGGCCGAAGGGCAGCCGAAACGACCAAUCCGGUGCCAGUGCUGGGGGUGCCCCUUGCGGGGGGGCGGGCCGUCCUGUCUCAGAAAUGGGGCCCGCUUUGCAGUGUGGGAGUGCAGACAUCGCCAGGGUUGCGCUCCCUGCCUUCCCUAAAGAGAAGAAAUCAGCCAAUAGGCACAAUCCAUGGAGUCUCCACAGAAACCAUGUCACUGGACAGGGUGAGGCCUGCCAUCAAGGGGGCAUUUCAAAACUGCAUCAGCAACGUGUCCCAGGAUGACAUGUCACAAGAUGGUGGCAUCUACUGCCAGAUCAAAUCUGUUCAACCUAACCCAAAUCAACCAGGAUGCAGGGGCAAUUUAAAGCGGAACCCCCGGUAUGCCAAUGGCAGCAUAGUUGCACCAGAGUUGGUGGGUGGAGUCUCCAGCGAGGGGGCAGAGACAGCAGAGGCAGCAGGGCAGAACCGGGACAAAACUCAAGAACCCAAGCGGGGCCACUCACUGAGAGGGGAGAAGGCUCGCCCUGUAGGCCACUGUGGGAUUGUGAGCUCUUAUGCCACGCCACCACGACCUUGCCGUAUGAUGACAUCACCCAGGCUAUGUGGCACAUGCGGACGAAGACAAUCUCAAGCCCCACCCUGCAUGAUUCACACCUGUCGCAAACGAUCAGCCAAUCAGAUUCGAGCGAGCAUGACUCUUCCGAUGCCACCCAAAAAGAACCUGCCCAGACUGCAGAAGCAGCAUUCUACCGAAACAAAUCCAACAGACACUUCCCACACUGAUCAGAGUAUGCACAAAGAGAGCAGUUCUCUUUCUACACAGUCACAGAAAAGAGACACAACGACGCAUGAAACACAGACACAAACAAAUGACGUGGCCCGGCAAUCAGUACACGACAAAAUCUGUAAAAAUGACUCAUUGACCUCACAAUCAUUUAAAAGACAAAGUAAACAAAAGUCAUCACAGCACACACAGACGCAAAAUGUACAAAAAGGAGCGCCUAUAACAAAAAUCCAGCCUACAGAAUCAGCACACGAAAAGCAAUACACACUGAAGGACAUACAGCCUCGAGAGGAUUGUGUGAACAAGCAAACACCUCCAGCUCCUGAGUUUGCACAUCCAUCUGUGUAUGUCACCCCUAAACCCCCUCCGCCUGUGCUUUCUAUUGGGACAGAAUCAAAAACUACUUCCAUUCUGCCACCUAACAACUCCUCCCAGUCCAAGCCUACAGAGCUAACACCGAAAACAGCAUCACCCAAAACUCAGAACAGGUCAGAGAUCAAACCCAUACCAAAAACUCCCCCUACUUAUCAAGAACCUACAGUUGAGAAUGACCCAGAAACCAAGCCAUGCUGUGUUGACCCUAUUCAACCACCGCAAAAGGACACGACCACACCAGAUGUCUCACAAUGCAAUGGAGUGCCGACAGCACUACAAGGACUUCUCCAGGACAUAGAAGAGAACCUGCUGUCCAACCAAGAGAAGAUCAAAGUUCUACUCAAUGUGAUCCAGGACCUGGAGAAGAGCAAAGCAAUGAGUGAAGGCCGCUGCUCCUACAGAACAGGACAGGACAUUAACAACUGCUCGACGUGUCAGAAAACAGCCUGCAUCAUUUACAGCGUAGAGCAUGAUUUUCGGCUGCAGGAGGGCCGUUUCCAGAGUGUCUUUGAAGCCCUGGAUGUGGAAUAUGAUGUCCCAACACCCAUCCCUAAACCAAUUGCCCCCUCUCGACCCCGUACCAAGAACCGUGUCAAAAAACUCCGCAAGAAAUGCUUCUGGUGGCUUUAGCCCUCAAGAAGAACCGCUACGACAACAGUUACUAUGUGCAUCGUUAUUACAGUCAAAGCCUCCGAGCAUUCCAGUUACAGAAUCCCUGUCUGUCGCCAAGGAACUGGUCUAUGUGUUUAUGGCUUUUUGUUGCUGAAACGUAUUUAAGUAGCUAUGGAGGUACACCAGCACUAUCAUCAUGGAGAGGUGACAUAUAUCCAUAGAACUUUAUGACAAGAUUGUGGAUAUUAAUCUCACCCCAAGUAUGGUAGAAUCUGCAGAAACAAUGCAACUCUGCUCUUCAGAAGAACAAGUGGAUAUACUUCUCUUUACCUUCAUAAAAUUUAUUUUUUUGGUUCUCAUACUUUAAGUUCAUUUGAACAAUAUGUUGAGAGAGCUUCAGUUCAAAGACUGGAGAGAAAAACCCAACAGGACAACGAAAACCUUCAGGACAUUUCUGAAGUCCUGAGAGAACUGACAGCCAGAGACUCCAGCCAAUCAAUAGCCCCUUCUCGAUUGACUGACAGAACUGGGAUCCAAUCAAUAUUACCCUUCACAAUGACUGACAGAAUGCUAACCCAGUAGAGACACCUUGUCCCAAGCAAUGAUAUUUCAUCACUGCAUUCCCUGCCUGAAGUGUAAAUGUAGAUGUUUGAAGUUUCUCCCAACUUAGGCUGCGCUGACUUCAGUCUAAGCUCAACGGAGAGUGUGAACUCUCAUCCAAUUACUGAUAGUAUAACAUUAGGAUGGGUAGAAAACAGUUACAUCCCAGAUGCACUCAUUUUAAUCUUAAUUGGUUGCUUGUAGCCUGAAACUCUAGAACAGGAGUGAUGCGGGAUUUGCAUCGUCAGGCACUGAAGAACAGGAUAAAAAGGAAAAGCCUGUUUAACUAUUUAAGCCUUGCUCCCUCGCAUACACAAUUGCCCGAGUCACUCUCCACGGCAAGAUUAUUUUCAGACUAAUGUCGCCUGGAUGCACUUAUGAUAAUUGAACAACACACAGACACAGAGAGGAGCGUUUGGACUGGAAAUGGAUAUGCAUUUGGUUUUCUCAUACACACUUAUUAUAGUUUCACAGUGUGACUUCAUUAGUGGAAUGGAUGCACAAGUGUCUGCCCAUAUACACAAACACACUUAGUCUUCCGCUGUUCGUCUGUCUUGAACAUAGACACAUUGCCAUUACUGUAUUUUUGUAAAAUCCUAUUUGAAUAAGCUAAAACUACAUUACCCAUGAUUCCUCUUGCCUACCUUUAGCUGUCGUCACGGCUGUUUGUAACUGAUAUAUUUGGGAUGAGAUAAAUAAAACAUAUUUUGGUGCAGUGA